GGAGAGAGAUGUAUCUGGCAGUGUGAUAGCACAGUAAUAACCAGAGUUCUUUCCCUAGCUCUUCCAUUUCAUUCACUCCCUCCUUCUAACACUUUAAUCUCAUAAGGAUUUGUAUCAGCCAGUGCACAGAGAAGGAGAAAUCUGCUGUUUGUGUCCAGCCUCUCAGUCUGUAAAACAAAAGCCAUUUCCCAGCCAGAAUAUUAUCAUCAGAUCUGGAGGAAGACAAUCAAAACAGGAUCAGAAGCAGUAGUUUGUACUACAGGGCAAGGACCACUCUGUGCCUAGCAUCUUCCCUCCGGGUGCACUCAUUGCCACCACUACCUGUACCUAUUCUAUCAAACCUCAAGUGGCUGAAAGAAUAUUCUGCUAAUGGGUGACAAAGGAACCAGAGUAUUUAAGAAGGCCAGUCCUAAUGGGAAGCUCACAGUUUACCUUGGCAAGAGAGACUUUGUUGAUCACAUAGAUGUUGUAGAACCUGUUGACGGGGUCGUCCUGGUUGAUCCUGAAUAUUUGAAAGAAAGAAAAGUGUUCGUUACGCUUACCUGCGCAUUCCGUUAUGGCCGCGAGGAUUUGGAUGUGCUUGGUCUAACAUUUCGAAAAGACUUAUUUGUAGCUAACAUCCAGGCUUUCCCUCCCGUUCCAGAAGAAAAGAAACCACUGACAAGACUGCAGGAACGUUUGAUUAAAAAGCUUGGGGAACAUGCUUACCCUUUCACCUUUGAGAUACCUCCAAACCUUCCGUGUUCCGUCACCUUACAGCCAGGACCUGAAGACACAGGGAAGGCUUGUGGUGUGGAUUAUGAAGUAAAAGCUUUCUGUGCUGAAAAUCUGGAAGAAAAAAUUCAUAAAAGGAAUUCUGUACGCUUAGUUAUCCGAAAAGUUCAGUAUGCACCAGAAAGACCGGGGCCCCAGCCGAUGGCUGAGACGACAAGGCAAUUCCUCAUGUCCGACAAGCCAUUGCAUUUGGAAGCUUCAUUGGAUAAAGAGAUUUAUUAUCACGGAGAACCAAUCAAUGUUAAUGUCCAUGUUACAAACAACACCAACAAAACUGUGAAGAAGAUUAAAAUUUCAGUGCGCCAGUACGCCGACAUUUGCCUUUUCAACACUGCUCAAUACAAGUGUCCUGUAGCGGUGGAAGAAGCAGACAAUGAUGUUGUUGCCCCAAGUUCUACAUUUUGCAAGGUCUACACAUUGACACCUUUCCUUGCCAACAACCGAGAGAAGAGGGGCCUGGCAUUAGAUGGCAAACUGAAGCAUGAGGACACUAACCUGGCAUCCAGCACAUUGUUACGAGAUGGAGCUAACAAGGAGAUCCUAGGAAUUAUUGUAUCAUAUAAAGUCAAAGUGAAGCUUGUUGUGUCUCGAGGGGGUGAUGUUGCUGUAGAGCUUCCUUUUACUUUGAUGCAUCCGAAACCCAAGGAAGAGCCUUUGCACAGAGAUGUUCCAGAGAAUGAAGCCCCCAUAGACACAAAUCUCAUAGAGUUUGACACCAACGACGAUGACAUUGUCUUUGAAGACUUUGCCCGUCAGAGACUGCAAGGGAUGAAAGACGACAAGGAAGAGGAGGAAGAAGGGACUAACUCUCCUCCGAUGAAUGACAGAUAAACUGUUCUUCACCUGAAAUAUCACCAUGUAAACUUGUGGAUCACGGCAUCUUUAUAUCUUCUUUAAAGGGCCUUCUGAUAAUUCCAGAUUCCGGCAGCCAUUAUAAUCUUACUGCUGUGCCAUAAUUGUCACUCUGCAUCUUGCUACGUAUCUUCAGUUCCAGCUACACAAUCUAAAACUAAUUUUUUAGGAUUAAAGAGUACAAUCAUGGUUUGUGCAUCAAAUUACGUAAGGAGUUCUUGUAGCACUUUUGUAUUAACUGAGUCUUUUACGCAUUUUAUAUAAUUACAGUAGAAAGAUAAGAAUAUCUGUUACUGUAAAGUGAGAUGGCAAAUGAAAUAGCUUCAAUGGUUUCUGAAAUCAAAAUGAAAAUGUAUUUUUAAGCAAAAAAAAACUAAUGUACUAAAAUGUGUUGCUUUAAAAUUUGCAGAGCUGGUCCUUGGUUCUAGAGAUGCUUUGGAAGAGCUGAUGAUUUUAAACAAAGACAAAAAAACAGUAGACAAGCUUUGUAUCGAUCAAUAUCAUAAUAUAUCCUCCCUUUAGUGUUGGUAGAGGCUAACAUAAUGUCUUGUAAUAAAAAAAAAAAUCCUUUAGUUACUGAAGAUCUUAGUAUCUCAAAGUAAACCAAGACUGGCUGUAUCCUUUUUCAUUAAAUUUGUAAAUAUG